CUGGCAUUUGCUUUGCUGCUCCGAGAUGUGUUGAUCUGCCCUAAUUGCUGCAAGUUCAGAUGCUGUUUGCAGCCAAGUAUGGCAAGGAAUUUGUCGCAGCUGCCACAGGACUCGUGCCAAAUUGUGGAGUCAAUCGUCGGCUAAUCGAACUAUUAUCUGUUCGUGCUACUUCCACUGAAGCAAAACUAAAGCUACUGAAGGAGAUUGCUGAAGAGCACAACUUAGAUUGGGACCCAUCGGCAUCUGAAGCUGAAUUUCUUAAGCCACAUGAAGAUUUGCUGAAUGGACCGGACCGCUUCGUAAAUGCCUCUGCUUUUCCUCUCCCGAAAGAGGAACACAAAGAGAAAUCAGAACCGCACGCAGUGGCAGAUUCUCAUGAAGAUACUGAUUCAGGUUCAGGUUCUGGUCUAAAUUCUUUACUGCAAGAUGUUCAGGGUGUUUCAGCCCAACCAACUUCUGGCAUUUCUUCAGUUCCAGAAAUCAGUGAACAAGCACCAACUUUCUCUCACUCAACCAAUUCCAAACCUGACCACGGGGUCUCGGAAACCACCGAGCCCAGUGAAAAUGAACUGGAUCAUUCUUCUCACAAGGCCACAGUUUAUAGUCCAGUGACAAAUGUCUCAGCUGAUACAGGUGAGGCCCCAUCACUCUCUUCUCAUUCAGUGGAGCAGAGUGAGCCAACUCUCCUCCCACCUUCAUCUUCUUCUAUUCCUACACCUCAAAAACAAAGCGAGCAAGCUGAUUCUAAAAGCGAGCCUGCUCAAUUUGUUUCUAAAAUCAAGAAUGAGGCCUGCGAAGACCUUCCGCCAUCCUCUUCUUCUAUUCAUCAAGAUCCAAAGCUGAGCGAGCAAGCUGCUUCUAAAAGUGAGCAAGCUCAAUUUCAUCCUGAAACCAAGGAUGACACCUACGAAGACCUUCCGCCGUCAUCUUUCUCUGAUCCUCCACCUCCAAAGCAGAGCGAGUGCGCUUCUUCUAGAAGUGGUCAAGUUUCAUUUCCUACUCAAACUAAGAAUGAAAACUACGAAGAUUUGCAAGAUGUGUUAGAUGCUGCACAAGCCGUAGCUGAAACUGCUGAAAAAGCUGCAAUGGCUGCCCGAGCUGCAGCAGAGCUGGCUCAGUGUAGAAUCUCUGAUCUUCUAAAGAAGAGGAACAAGGAUGAGAUCCAUAGAGAGAAUUCUCAUCAACACAAUUCUUCUUCAUACAGUGAUCAAAAUGAUGUUUUUAAGCCGAACCAGGCAUCAGAUUCUCCAAAAGAUUUGCAUGAAGAGCCUAAAAUAGAAGGUAAAUUACAGAGAUCUAAUGAGACGUUAGAGAAUCAUCAGCCGACUCAUACACUUCAGCACUUAGAUUCCUUUGACGAUGACAGUGAUCUCCCCUAUCCGAACCUCUUCAUAUCUCAAAACUCGAAUUCCGCCUCAGACGGAAAUCCGUGAUUUAGUUGCCGGUUUGAGUGCGAUACCUGAACUGUUAAGAUUGUCUGUAUAUGUUGAGCUGCUCUGCCAUUGCCCUGGAGAGUAAACCACUGAGUCAUUUCCAUCCUAUUAGAUGUGCUACGCCUGUCUAUUAAAUUUGUUUAUAUUUAUUUUCUUUGAGGCAUCAUAUGUAUAGCCUAUAAAUUAAAUGGUGUUUUAGUGAGCAGUGACCAUAGUUUGGAGAACUGAAACUCCCCCACCCAUUUUUCCCCUUUUUUCUUCUUUUUAUGUAAUUAAAUUGUGGUUUAUUAAGUCUUACAAUAUAUUUGUUCUAGACCAUUCUUCUA